AUGUCCUCCACAGUGAACAACGGGGCCGCCAGCAUGCCGUCCCCGCCCGACGCGGCGAACGGCUUUCCGCAGGCGGGCGCUUCGUCUGGGGCCUGGCCGCGGGCGGAGGAGGAGCUGCGCGCCGCGGAGCCCGGCCUAGUGAAGCGCGCGCACCGCGAGAUCCUGGACCACGAGCGCAAGCGGCGCGUAGAGCUCAAGUGCAUGGAGCUACAGGAGAUGAUGGAGGAGCAGGGGUACUCAGAGGAGGAGACCCGGCAGAAGGUCAGGACUUUCCGGCAGAUGCUGAUGGAGAAGGAGGGAAUGCUCACCAGGGAGGACCGGCCUGGGGGCCACGUCGUGGCAGAGACCCCGCGGCUGAUCGAGGGCACCGAGCCGGACCUGGAGUACGCGCCCUUCGACGAGGACGACGGCCCGGUGGACUGCGACUGCCCGGCCGCCUGCUACCGAGGGCACCGGGGGUACAGGACCAAGCACUGGUCCAGCAGCUCGGCGUCGCCCCCUCCCAAGAAGAAAAAGAAAAAGAAAGGCGGCCACCGGAGAAGCCGCAAAAAGAGGAGACUAGACUCCGAGUGCAGCUGUGGGAGCUCCUCACCCCUGCGCAAGAGAAAGAAGAAUGUGAAGAAACACCGCCGAGACAGGUCUGAUUCUGGGUCCCGUAGGAAGAGACGGCACAGAUCUCGAAGCCCCAAGAGCAAAGGAAAAGAGAAGAACAAAGAAAGGAAGAGGACACAUGCAGAGUCCCCAGGCCGGAGGUCCCAUCGCCACAGCAGCGGCAGCUCCCACAGUCCCUCACUGUCCUCCCAUUACAGUGAUUCCAGAUCACCCAGCAGGCUGAGUCCCGAGCACCGAGACGACGGGCGGAAGACGGGCAGCCAGCGGUCCAGCGGGAGCCGGUCUCCUUCCCCGUCCGGCGGCAGCGGAUGGGGGUCACCCCAGCAGAACGGCGGCAGCAGGCAGCGGAGCGGAGCUCACGGGGGCCGCCCCGGCUCGGCGCACAGCUCGCUCGAUAAGCCCAGCUCGCCCUCGCCCAGGGCCCGCGACCAGGCGGAGGCCGGCGCAGCCACGCCGCCCGCGCGGGGGAAGGAGAGCCCGAGCCCGCGCUCGGCGCCGUCGUCGCAGGGCAGAGGAGGCCGCGCGGCCGGCGGGGCGGCCAGGCGGCGGCGGCGGCGGCGGCGGAGCCCCCUUCCCUCCUCCGGGAAGCUCUCCCCGACCGCCAACACAACCACCUCCUCGGCCAAGGAGCGGCCCCCGCGCGCCAGGCCCGCCAGCACCUCCCCGUCCCCGGGCGCGCACGGCAGGCACGGCGGCCCGGAGGGGAAGAGCUCGUCGCGCAGCCCGGGCCCGCACCCUCGCUCGUGGAGCUCCAGCCGCUCGCCCUCCAAAUCCCGCUCGCGCUCCGCGGAGAAGAGGGCCCGCAGCCCCAGCCGCUCGCCGUCGCCCAAGAAAACCGUGGGCCGGGACAAGGACGGCGAGGGCCGCGCGAGGCACGCCGAGGCCGAGGCCGCCCGCGCCCGGCGCCGCUCCCGCAGCUACUCGCCCAUCCGCAAGCGGCGCCGGGACUCGCCCAGCUUCAUGGAGCCGCGGCGCAUCACCAGUGCCCGAAAGCGUCCCAUCCCCUACUACCGGCCCAGCCCCUCGUCCUCCUCCAGCUGCCUGAGCAGCGACUACUCAAGCCGGAGCCCCAGCCCGGGCCACAGCCAUGGAAGCUACAGCAGCCGCAGUCGGACCCGCAGCCGCACUCGCAGCCCUUCCAGGACCCCCAGUCCCAGCUACCACAGCCGGAGCAGCUCAGAGAGCGGGGGCUUCUGA